AUGGAGGCUAACAACAAGUUGAGAAAUGAAAUUAUUGAUCAUGACAAGUUCAUACCUAAUAAGUGCAAACAAGAAUGCAAAUAGGCUUGUCCCAUCAACAAGACAGGAAAACUUUGUAUUGAAGUUACUCCCGCUUCAAGUGUCUGCUUUAUUUCUGAAAGCCUCUGUAUUGGUUGUGGUAUAUGCGUCAAGAGAUGUCAUUUUGAUGCCAUCAAGAUCAUCAACUUUCCCAAAGGUUUGACCAACGAAGUCAUUCAUAGACAUGGCCCUAAAGCUUUUAAAUUGCAUAGACUCCCUCAGCCAAGAGCUGGUGAGGUGUUAGGGUUAUUAAGAUCUAACGGUACCGGUAAAUCUACUGCACUUAUAAUCCUAAAUGGUAGCAUUAAACCUAAUCUAGGUAGAUGUGAGAACCCUCCUGAAUGGAAAGAGAUCCUAAAAUUUUUCAGAGGUAGUGAGCUUCAAAAUUAUUUCACUAAUAUGCUUGAGAAAAAUUUGAAGUCUUAGAUAAAAAUUCAAUAUGUAGACAGUGUAGCAAAGUCAAAGGCUGCUUAAAGUAUUGUAGGAAAGAGACUUAAAAUUGUAGAUUAGAGAGAUAAAUUAGCUGAAAUCAUUGAUAAAUUGGACCUUGAAAGUAUUCUUGAACGAGAGAUUAAACAAUUGAGUGGUGGUGAGCUUUAGUGA